AUGGCUGAUUAUCACAUCCGCGAGGCAGCGGAGUCGCUGCUUGGCAGCAUAUCCCAAAGGCCGUACAGAAGUUUGGCUCAAUCGCAGUCAGUGAAUCUCUUGUCCGAGGACUUGGUUGCGGGUCACAGGCCUCAAGGGAGGAUGUCCAGUAUACGAAGAUUUUUUUGUCUCUUUGUCACGUUUGACCUCCUUUUUACCAGUCUGAUGUGGCUUAUAUGUGUUGUGAUGCGUGGUGAAACAUUAAUACAAAUAUUUACGAGAGAGAUUAUACAUUAUGACAUCAAAGUGUCAUUAUUCGAUAUAGUACUGGUUGCAAUAAUAAGAUUUUUAUUAUUAAUAUUAUUCUACGCCAUAUUAUAUAUUAAUAAUUGGAGUGUGAUAGCGCUCACAACGAGCGGUACGUGUGCCUUUUUGAUCGCCAAAGUGUUCGUGUUUGAUUGGCCCAAUGCGGCCCAACCAGUGUACCAGGUGUUCCUAAUCCUGGCUUCGUUCACGUUGUCCUGGGGCGAGGCCUGGUUCCUGGACUUCAGGGUGUUGCCUCAGGAGUUGCAGGCGAAGCAGAUCCUCGAAGCCAUCGUAACUCAUGGAGUGACAGAACGCACUCCGCUUUUACCUGCUGGAUCCACGCAUGACGGGUCCACGGUGAACUGGUUUUCGCCCGUGGAGACACCGGAGUCCAGCCCGAGACCCAGAAUGCCUGGGGAACAGGUUAUCUUGACGCAAGAUCAGCAACUGGUCGGGAUUAUGUUUAUUGUCGCGUGUAGAUACCAACUUCAUCCGGUCGUGGUGGAGAUCAACGUUCCUCGCGUAGAAGGGAACACCUUCGUGAGAAUCGGAAGUGUAGCGUCUGACGCCAGUGGAUGGAAUCCCCAAUGCGCGAAGACUACGCAUGAUCCGAUACAGCCCUUGUACACUAGAGAUGUUAUGGAUAUGAUAUUUCGGAUCUGGAUACGGAUAUGGAUAUAG